AUGUCGACAGGCGUCGAACGUGUUGGUAGUGCUUUAGAGGAAGGAAGGACAUUGGCACCCGCCGCUGUGGGCUCGCAGGUGGUGAUCAUGAGUGGGAUUUCCAUCGCCACAAUCCUCUUGUUCAAUUUUUUGCGGCCCAAAAACAAGAUCAUUUACGAACCCAAAGUCAAGUACCAUGUUGGCAAUAAGGCCCCUCCUCGCAUCUCCGACUCCCUAUGCGGAUGGCUCCCGCCGCUCUUGCAUACCAAGGAACCCGAACUAGUGGACAAGAUCGGCCUUGACGCGGUAGCCUUCCUUCGUUUUCUUCGCCUUAUGCGGUGGUUCUUCACAGGCGUUGCUAUCCUCACGUGCGGCGUCCUCAUCCCCAUCAACGUUAUGUACAACCUUGACCACGUCAAGCCCCGCAACCGAGACAUCCUCAGUAUGAUGACCAUCCGCGAUGUGAAGGGCAUGCGCCUGUAUGCUCAUGUUGCCAUUUCCUACAUCAUCACUUUCCUCCUUAUGGGACUUGUCUACUUCCACUGGAAACGAAUGGUGCAACUUCGCGCCGCUUGGUUCCGUUCGCCAGAAUACAUUCAAUCGCUGUACGCUCGAACCCUCCAGAUCACGCACGUACCGAAGAAAUUCCAAUCAGACGAGGGUAUCCGGAACAUCUUGCAUAACAUCAAUAUGCCGUACCCAGCUUCCGCGGUACAUAUCGGACGCAAAGUCGGUAGACUUCCAGAGCUCAUUGAAUAUCACAACAAGACCGUUAGGGAGCUAGAGAACGUCUUAGUGAAGUAUCUCAAGGGGGGUCGACCCGCUAAGACGCGGCCCACCAUACGCGUUGGUGGAUGCUGUGGUAUGGGGGGACAAAGAAAGGAUGCGAUCGACUUCUAUACCAUGAAGCUCAAAAGGACCGAAGCUGCAGUAGAAGAAUUUCGUAAUCAAAUAGAUACUCGCAAAGCGGAGAACUAUGGCUUCAUUUCUUUAGCUGCGGUACCAUACGCUCACGUCGCUGCCAAGUUACUCUCAAGGAAGUCUCCGAAAGGGACUACUAUCGCUCUUGCCCCCAAUCCAAAGGAUAUAAUUUGGGAGAACAUGACGAAGUCCGAUGCUGCUAUCGCUCGCAAGCGAUUGGUAGGAUAUUGGUGGUUGGUUAUCUUUUGUAUCCUAAAUCUCAUCCCGCUUUUGCUGGUGGCUAUUCUGGCCAAUCUCGACGCCUUCAGAAGCACCGGAUACAUUGGAUUCUUGGACAGUUGGACUGACUCUUCGCCAGUCACCUUCGCCAUCGUGUCCGGUUUCCUUCCCCCUGCGGUCGCCGGAAUCUUCAUAUACUUCCUACCAAGAGUCAUGCGUUGGUUGACGCAAUACAUGGGCGCAUCCACACAUGCCAGGCUUGACCGUGCAGUCAUAGCUCGCUAUUUCGCUUUCUUGGUCAUUAGUCAACUUAUCAUAUUCACCCUCAUCGGUGUUGUCUUCAACUCUGUCGCCGAGAUUGUCCGCCAAAUCGGAAGAGGGAAAUCCGCGACAACAGUUCUCAAGAGCUUGGAUAAGCUACCCGGCAACAUCCACAGGACAUAUAUCAACCAAGCGUCAUAUUGGCUAAAAUGGUUCCCAAUGCGUGGAUUCUUGGUGGUGUUUGAUCUAGCUCAGAUUGUCAAUUUAGUGUGGAUAUUCUUCAAAACGAGGAUUUUUGGAAGAACCCCCCGUGACAUAAGGGAAUGGACGCAACCUUCAAACUUCGAAUACGCCAUCUCUUACUCUAACCUCCUCUUCAUGGCAGCGGUUGGACUUCUAUUUGCGCCACUUGCACCCUUGGUGUCCCUUGCGGCGGCCAUUGUAUUUUGGAUGAGCUCCUGGGUCUACAAGUAUCAACUGAUGUUUGUGUACGUGUCCAAGGUCGAGACGGGAGGGCGGCUCUGGAAUGUGAUGAUCAACCGUCUGUUAGCGUCUGUCGUCCUCAUGCAAUUGCUUGUGGUCCUCACCAUUGGUCUCCAAGACAAAUUCCAUACCCUAAAAUGGCUAUCAACCGUCCCGCCUAUCAUCUUGAUCCUCAUCUUCAAGAUCUUCCUCAAGAGGAAAUUCAAUUCAAAAUUCCGAUACUACACCCCUACCGAGGAAGAGUUGCGGGAUGCCCACGUUCACUCGGCUAAGGCAGACGUUCGGGGCCACCGUCUCGAGCAUCGCUUUGGACAUCCGUCCCUCCACGCAGAGCUUUUCACGCCUAUGCUACACGCUAGGAUGAUGCCCCUGCUUUCUGAGGUGUACAAGGGGAAAAUCAGCGAAGCUGAAAAGAAGAAUGGAGAGGAGAAGGAGACCGUACAACUCAUCGAGGGUCUUACCAUCGCUGCAGUGAACCAACACGAUCUCGAAUACGAUCCAGUGCUCUAUCAGCGAGACCGAGGCGAACUCGACUGGGACGGUCGGUCGAUGGCCACUACAAAUAUCCUGGGAAGUGACGUUAUGACUGUUUACUCUAAAUCCCCGUACACGCCAUCUCCUGAAAUGGCAACAUAUGGAUAUGAUGGCUACCUCAAAGCCGAUCCGCCAAUGCCACGGCCUGAAUUGGCCCCAGGAAACACAUCGUCUUGGAUUGCCCCCGAUCAACAAGCAGAUUACUUUGGUCAUUCCAGGCCCACGACUUCGAUUUACUCUGAUGGAUCGACAGUAAUAUCCGGAACGAUGCCCUCGCCUAUGAGUCAGAUCGGUUCGCCGCCUACACCGAUGUAUCCCCAACCUCAGUCGCACAGUUUUGGCAUCCAAGAACACUACUUCGCGCAACCCCAGCCCAAUCCUCAGACACCAUACAACCCCUACGAAGCAAAUGCCGGAUCUUUUGCGCAAGGUCCACAAUUUCCUCCGCACCAACCUUCCUCGCCUCCAAGAAACGGCCCGUGA